AACCCAUUUCCAAUGCGUCUUGUUAAUUUAAAUGUACUCAAAGUCUCAAAUGUUUCUUCAUUCUUUCUUAGGGUGCUAUUUUUAUUUUUAUUUUUGGGUUGAAAGGGUGCUAUUUGGAUUUCGCUUUAAAAUAGACCAUUGAUUAUGACCUGCCAAUUUUUCUCUUUGCUUCCUUUGUUCCUCUGAGGUGGGUCCGCAAGAAUGUAUGUCUUGAACGAAAUUUGCUUACCAUUUGCUUCUUUCUUCAUCUCUGUCUACGUUUACUAUUUAUCAUCUCAAUUAUUUAAUUUCUUUCUGAAUUGAAUAGCCACAUGCACAAAGCGUAUAAACUCUCGGUCUGUUUCAGCAGCCGAAUUCAUCUAACAUUUCUCACUACUCAAUCAGAACCAGUGUUAAGCAGUCCCGUCCCAACUCAAGAAAACAUCACCCGUUUAAUUUUAGAACAAAAAUCUGCAACUGAAGCUCUUCAAACCUUUAGAUGGGCCUCCGAGCUUCGCAAUUUCACUCACAAUCAGUCUACUUACAGAGCUUUAAUCCACAAGCUUUGCAAUUUUCGUCGUUUCGAUACUGCCCAGGAGAUGCUCGAUGAAAUGCCUAGCUCAAUUGGGUCAACCCCAGAUGAGGAUAUCUUCAUCACUAUUAUACGUGGCCUUGGCCGCGCUCGAAUGAUUAAACAAGUCAUUAAAGUUCCUGAAUUGGUGUUUAAGUUUGAAAAGAAGCCAACUCUAAAGCUUUAUAAUUCAAUUCUUGAUGUUCUUGUUAAGGAAGAUAUUGACAUUGCUAGAGAAUUCUAUAGGAUGAAAAUGAUGGGAAGUGGAAUUCAGGGUGAUGAUUAUACUUAUGGGAUUUUGAUGAAAGGACUUUGCUUGACUAAUAGGAUUGGUGAUGGGUUUAAGCUUCUUCAAGUGAUGAAAACUCGUGGCAUUACGCCAAAUACUGUGAUUUAUAAUACACUUAUACAUGCACUCUGCAAGAAUGGGAAGGUAGGGAGAGCCAGGAGUUUGAUGAGAGAAUUGGUUGAACCAAGUGAUGUGACUUUUAACAUUUUGAUAUCUGCAUAUUGUGGAGAGCGGAACUUAGUACAGGCUUUGGUGAUGCUGGAAAAGAGCUUUAGUAAAGGGUAUAUUCCUGAUGUAAUUAUGGUGACUAAAGUGGUGGAACUUCUUUGUAACAACGGACGUGCUUCGGAGGCAGUGGAGGUACUACAAAGAGUUGAGGAAAGAGGAGGAAUUGUUGAUGUUGUGGCUUAUAACACGUUGAUUAAUGGGUUUUGUAGAUUAGGGAAUGUGAAAGUUGGUUGUCGUCUUUUGAAGGAGAUGGAGUUGAAAGGGUGCCUGCCAAAUGCAGAUACAUAUAGUGGUUUGAUAUCUGGUCUCUGUGACUCCAAGAUGUUGAAUUUGGCACUUGACAUGUUCAAUGAAAUGAAAAGGGUUGGGAUAAAUUGGAAUUUUGUCACGUACGAUACUCUUAUCCAUGGACUGUGUUCGAGUGGGAGAGUGGAAGAUGGAUUGAAGAUCUUGGAAUUAAUGGAGGAUGAUAAAGGGGCUUCAGCAUUUCAUAUUAGUCCGUAUAAUGGUAUUAUGUAUGGUCUUUACAAGGAAAACCGUUUGGAAGAAGCACUUGCAUUUUUAAGGAAGAUGGAAAAUUCGUAUCCACGAGCUGUGGAUAGGAGCAUGAGAAUACUUGGUUUUUGUGAAAAUGGAAGCAUUGAUGAAGCAAGGAGGGUCUAUGAUCAGAUGGUUGGGGAAGGUGUUAUGCCAAGUGCUCUUAUUUAUGCAAACUUAAUUAGUGGAUUCUGCAGCAAAGGAUGUGUAAGAGAAGCACUUGAGCUGAUGAAUGAGAUGAUUGGGCAUGGUUAUCUUCCUGUUGCAUCAACUUUCAAUGCUUUGAUAAAUCUGCUUUGCAGGCAGGGUAGACUUGGAAAGGCAUCAAAGUUGAUGGAGGACAUCAUAGGUAGAGGCUGUUUGCUGGACUACGGGAGCUACAGUCCAUUCAUUGAUGUUUUUUGCAGCAAUGGAGAUUUCCACAAAGCAUUUAUGUUCUUUUUGCAAAUGGUAGAAAAGGGUAUAGUUCCUGAUUACCAUUCAUGGAAUAAAUUACUUCUGUGCCUUUGCCAACAAAAAAGUUGGCUUGAAGGAAAUAACAAGAUCUGCCGUUUAAGUAGCCAACUGCAGGUUAUUAUACAGACAUGAUCUUUUACUAUGUAUGGGCUGUCUGGCGUAGCGUUCAUUGUGAUCUUUUCAAAGCUUUGGUAUUUUCCGUGAAAAAUUGGUCAAACAAAAUACACUUAAGUUAUCAA